AGGAGCAACAGUUGACACCAGACCAGACAGACCAGUCCUCCAGGUUCCAGGUUCCCAGUUCCCAGUGUCCAUCCAAGGAGAGAAGCAAGUGAAACGGAUUAAAACGAUACUUGAAAUAAUCCCGAGGACAACAACAUACAACCAGUGCAAACAGCAACGGCAACAGCGCCAACAUGAAGCCCGACCUGCUCUCCGUCUGCAUUCUGGCCACCCUGAUCUUGGGCUGUAGCACACGGCACGUCUUUGGCUUUCUGACUUCCCAGAGCCAAACGGCCGCAGCCGCAGCACCCGCCACAGUGGAUGGUGGCGUCGAUGGUGCAUCCUCGCCACAGAGACUACAUCUGGCGCCCAUCUUUGGUGGCCUCCAGUCCCAUCAGGCGCGUCGUCAGGGCCCCCCAUCGCUGGAUGCCGAUGCCCAGGAACGAGCGGUUUACGAUCCCGGCGAUGAGCUGCUGCACGCCCUGAAUGCCGAAGAGGAGCGUGAGCGGGAGCAGGAGCAGGAGCAGGAGCUGGGCCUUAGACUGGGCAUGGCAAUGAUCCCCCAGCAGCAGCAGCAGCAGCCCGACUAUGCGGACACCGUUUACAAUGAACUGGAGUUGGCCAAUCAGUUUGAGACGCUCAAGAAGCUGGAGGAGGAUUUACGGGCCGAGCAGGAGUUGGUGGACAAAUCCGCUUUGCUCAUGAAAAUGCUGGAGGACCCCACGCUGGAGACUUUGCCCCUGGUUUACGUCGAAGAGGAGGAGGAGCAGCCCGAGGGCGUGAUUGCUUCCGCCCCGGCCACGGCCACGGAUGAGUAUGCCGAAAUUGAGAACAGCGUUCAGGACCUGGUCCUGGGCCAGAGCAAGCCGAAGCGUUCGCGCUACUACCGUCGCUAUCCGUGGAAGCGUCACAACAAGAAUCGCGGUUCUUACAUGAAUUCUAUCAACAGCAACUAUGAACCGGAGCUGCGUUACGCCUGUACGCCCAGCAAGGAGGAUAUCCUGAAGCUUCUCAUCAAUCUCCAUGAGAAUCGCAAGGGCAAUCACAGCAAGACCGUGAACUUUUGCAAUCGCAAGCGUCCGGCCAAGGCGGUCUUCACCAAUAUACGAUUUCUGGGCUAAGAAGAAGACGGACUCUCCUAUAGGACCCUAGAGGACACACACACACACACAAACACACAGCCACACACACGUACAGAGGACACACAUAUGUAUACCAAGCAUCAAUUGUAUAUUGCUGACAAAGUCGAGCGCUAAACUGGAGAACAACAAGCACUAACAAUUAGCCUAAACUAACUAACUAAAGCAAACUUUGUAGAGAACAUUUAGAGCGGAUAUCUCGUGCUCCUUUCUGCCCUCGCCCCCACAACCCCUUCUACCUUAACUCUAAUUGUAGACAAUUAAAACUUUUAUAGUAGCUCUCAAUGUGUUGUAUAUACUAACUAUUUAGACAAAGUUCUAUUGUUCUCGUUCUCGUUCCAAGUGUUAAUUGCUAAACGAAACGAUUACGAACAAAAAAUAUAUGUUGCCAUAUCAUUAAAACGUUUUAAUCGUCCCGUGAACGGUCCCGUCUCUCCCUCACGGUCCAAGCCACGAGUAUUAUAAUCCAAUAAACGGAGCCCCGCAACUAAAUAUCAUUGCUAUAUCAAUGUGUAUAUAUAUACCGAUAUAUCUACGUGUGUACUAAUAUCUAUGUGUAUGUAUUAUCUGCUAUAUAUAAUGUAAAGUCGAUAAAUAAAUCCUUAAAAUACAA